AUGAUGAAAAAGCUGUUCAACAAGUGGGGGGGCAGCGAGGAGGGGAAGGGGAAGAAGGCCGCGGGCCGCGCGAGCGAAGGCCUUGUUAGGGGUCCAGACAUACCCAAUCUGCUCAACUCAGGACCCCAACUGCUUGCAGCAGGGCCUGGCGAGAGUGGGGGCUUGGACAAAGAACCUCCUGAUGCCCAUACUAACCGCCCCGUUCCCUCCUUCAUAACCAACUCGGUUAACCUCCCCAGUUAUGGCCAGUCGGCCGCGGUGCCCCUCCCCCUCCCUUCCGAGGCCAUUGCCCUCCCGCUCCCCGAGCCUUCGCAAGGCCCCCACCCAUUUCCCAGCUCUCAGGGCAACCCUCAGUCCCUUCCAACGGAGGACAGCGUUUCCCCUGGGGGUUUCGGAUUCCCCAACCAAGGCCUCACAAGGCUAGUCCUGGAAGGGGACCCAGCAACGAACUCUGAUGCAGGAAAAGGGGUUAGCAAUAAGACUGGGUUAACCAUCUCCCGCACCGGGGGCAACAAGUCGAGUUACUCAAGCCCCCGGGGCCUGUCGUCAGUAUUUCGGAGCGGGCCGAAGAAUGGAAAGGCUGGGAGGGGCGAAGCAGGUGUGAGGACUAAUCAGAACCCACUUCCGUUCAACUUCCCAAACCAGCGGCCCUCCCCAUUGGAGACGGUCUUGAGCGGCCCAAAACGGGGCCAGGUUCUCAGACCCGUUUUGGAUGCGGCCGCUAGCGAGCCGGCAGCUUCGCCGCAGCUGCCUCCUGAUCUGUCGUCGACCCCCUCCCCAAACAUGACCCCUCGGAGCGCGCCAGACUGGACCAGCGCCAUGCCCCCUGUCAGCCCUUUCUGGAACCGAACCUCUCCAGGGGGGUCGGCAAACCCGCUCGCUCCAAAACUCCGUCGGAGCCCUUCUCUGAACUCCAACCCGGACUCGAACUCGGUCGACCACUCCAACACGAGCAGCCCUCUCAGCCGGUUUAGCCCCGUGGGUCAGGCUAACCAGAGCGCUAACCAGGUUCCUGGGAAGCCAGGCAAAAGUGCCCCCUCCUCGCCUGCCCACUCCGAAGGCCUUGGGGCAGGGAAGCCGGACGCUUUUGGCUCAGGGCACAGUAUAGGAUCCGCAAUGUCGGAGCCCCCCCUCAGCACCGAUUCCGCUGAGCUUAACAGCAAUCAGACUGAAGCGGAGACGAUUCGGAGCUCCCUUCGGGGAGAAGACGAAGCCAAGCAACUGGAAAGCGGGGAAAUUGUGCAUGGGCGGCAUCUGCUGGGCCUGGACCCUUGGGAAGAGUCGGGGCGGGACGACUCGUCGGAAGCGAGCAGCCCCGGGGGGUCCGAGAGCACGGAGUCGAGCGUGGCUGGAGACUGGCUGAAUAGCUCGUCUCCGAAACGGGAAAAAGGAGCUGUUCCAGCCCCCAGGGUGCAUUUUGACCUGAACGCUCCUCAAGCUGUUCAGGGGGGCGGUGGCGCGGGCUUUCAGGGGAUCCUUUUGAGCCCCCGGGGGAAAGCUGCCACGACCGAAGGGCUUGGAGAUGCGCCGCCGCUGGUGGGCGUCCCUGAAGCGCACGAUCUUCCGAGGCAUUCCGAGGGGGGGUACAAAAAAGAGGUAGGGGAAGAGGAUCUGACCCGGAGCAUUACCCCCCGGACCGCCGAGGCGUUGCAGGGGGAGGCCGGGCGGCAGAAGGGAAGCCAAGCGGGUUCGCCGGCGCCCUUGGGGGUGAGGAGCCCGCAAAAACCGGUAGUGGGAGCGGUGAACAGGGUGCAGCGCCCGCUGAACACGCAUUUGAACGUCCCGAAGCAGCUGACGCCGAUCACGGCGGGGCCAGCGUGGCAUGAGAGCAUCGCCGGGCUGCCUCUCUCAAGCUCAGAGGCCGCUAGUAGCGCGCCCCAGGCGCACCCGCUCCCUGACAUUGGUCAAGCGUACACCCCGCCCUCCGUUGCAAACACACCGUCUCCCAGGGAGGGGACAUCCCUGCCCCCUGCCCCUCAAUCCCUUGCUUCACGAGGAGCUUCCCGUGCUGCUCAGAACCGCACCCUCUCAUCCCCUGAGCCCCAUUCACACCACUCCCGAGCUUCCUCGGAAGGGCGUGUCAAGGCGAACGAAAAUCUUGGGGGCGGAAAGCCGCUGCAAUUGUCACAAGCGGGCAGCAUGCUAGACGGCGGCGCUCGGUCUCGACCUCACCGGAAUCACUCGGAGCCUAUCCCGCGAAGCUUUGCCGACGCCCCUAUUUUCCCAAGGACCGACAUUCAUCCACUACCGCUCUCGGAGGCCACGCGCACGCUGAGCGACCCAAUCUUGCCCCGCCCACAAAAACGGACGUCUCUAGAUCAGGACGCUACACCGUUACCGCUACCCUUACCACCCACCGAGGACAAAGGGGUCCUUAGCAGAGGGGUUAGCCCAAGCCAAGCCCCAGUCUCUCCAGCGCAACCAUCUCCUCUACCUUUGUUGCCCCAAACUGGUUACCCCCUAACCCCGAGCGUCUUCCCUACUGGCAAGCCUGCCGGCUCGGUGUCCCCCUCCGUAGCCUCUACCCGCUCAUUGUCUCCGCACGCCUCCCCAAUCUCCGUUUUGCAACGGGGGGACAGAAAUAGUAGGGAGUUUAGGGGGGUGAACGCUGACCAGGUCGCGCCUGGCCCGAAGUUGCCGGUCAACUGGAGGAAGGGCGAGAAACUAGGUAGCGGGACUUUUGGAAGCGUGUACCGGGGCUUGAACAGUGACACGGGGGAGAUGUUUGCGGUGAAGGAGGUCGGCGAUGCGCAGCAGAACGUUUUGGACGAGAGCACCUCCCAGUUGGAACACGAGGUGGCGCUCCUGAGCCGUUUGAAGCACCCUAACAUUGUACAGUACGUUGGGACAAAGCGGGAGGACGGGAAGCUCUACAUUUUCCUCGAAUUCAUGCCGGGGGGGUCCAUCGAGUCGAACCUGCGCGCCUACGGUCGCUUCACCGAACCCCUCAUCCGCGCGUACACGAAGCAGAUUUUGUGCGGUUUGAAGUAUCUUCACGACCAGAGCACCAUUCAUCGGGAUAUCAAGGGAGCCAAUAUUCUGGUGGAUAUCAACGGGCGCGUGAAGUUAGCGGAUUUUGGGAUGGCCAAGCAGAUCUGCGAAACGAACUCCCUCGCUGCCAAAUCCGGCAUCAAGGGGAGCCCUUUCUGGAUGGCGCCCGAGGUGGUUAAGCACGAACGACGAAAUGACGGACGACCAGCGGACAUUUGGAGCGUCGGGUGCACGGUGUUGGAGAUGGCGGAAGGCGUCCCCCCCUGGAGCCGCGAUUGCACUAACCCGAUCCAAAUCAUCUGGAAGAUUGCUUCUUCCAACGACUACCCCCACAUCCCGGAGCACCUCUCCCAGACCGCCGUCGACUUCAUCAAAGUCUGCCUCAACCGCUCCCCCGACGAGCGCCCGAAAGUUGACGACCUUCUUAGCCACCCUUUCAUUGCUGACGUCGUCCCAGAAACCCCCCCUGAUUUGUCGGUAGCUUUUUCCCGGGUGUCCCCUCCGGGCACUCCCUCCCCCCGGCCGGCGCCGCCGGUAGUGCCCCGGACGCUGAACCGGACGAGUCAGUCGCCAGCUGUCCCGCGUUUGUCGCGGCAAACGUCGGGAAAGCAACUAGAGGAGCGGAUAGUCGAGGAGGACGAAAGCGUGUCCGCGAUUGUUGCCGCGCUAGUAGACACGCCGAGCCCGCGCGCGAGCGGGGGGGGCGUCAGGCAGGUAAUCGGCGCAGCCAAGCUGAGGCCCAAAACGCCCCCUCCCAAUUGGUCGCCGAACGGGUUGGUACCGGAAGAGCCAAAGCCAGGAACCGCGAAGUCGCGAUUUGGGGAAAUUAGCGGAAGUGCGCGAGGGGUGGAGCAAAACGACGCGCGAACGAAGCCGAGCUUGCGGUGGAAAUCGCCGACGAGCGGUGAGCCAGCGGUGCCGCCUGCCGAAACUUCGUUUCAAUUUGCAGGGGCGUCGGGGGAGAGACAUCCGGGGGCCCCGUUGACUCGGCACAAGUCGGCGGACGCUCCGACUCUGCGGCGUCCGUUGGGCACGCUUUCUGAGGAUGGCUCGGUAGAAAUAGAGAAGCUGCAGAAGGUGCUCAGCGUGCCGCUUGAGACUACGAAAAGUAAAAGCGGGCCUCUAGAUAAGUUUGGGGCGAGCAACCUCCCCAACCACAAGCGAUACAUUCAAGGAGAGGUUGCCUAA